GCGUCUUUAAUGAGGAUAUUGCGGCGAUGGCGAAGGACAAGACCGAGAACCGGACGCUCCAGUACCAACAAACUUUGAUGUAUGGGCGGUACACCCAGGAGCUGGGGGUGUACGCCAAGGAGGAGGCGGCGCGCCUGCGGGACGGCGGGGUGCGGGAUGCCGCCGGACUGCGGAGGACCACCAGUGUUCGUAGUCGUGCCAGCGAUCUUCUGGAGUAUGAGAAGGACCCCUGUGCAAAGUGCCAGUCGUGCGCAUCUCGCUGCCAGAAGUUCCUGAUCUCGCGGGUGGGGGAGGACUGGAUCUUCCUGAUUCUGCUGGGGCUGCUCAUGGCGCUGGUCAGCUGGGUCAUGGACUACGCCAUCGCCUUCUGCCAAGAAGCACAGAAGUGGAUGCAUGGCGGACUGGACAGUAACAUGCUCCUGCAGUACAUUGCCUGGGUCACCUAUCCUGUAGUGCUCAUCACUUUCUCAGCAGGAUUCACACAGAUCCUGGCCCCUCAGGCUGUGGGCUCAGGUAUCCCUGAGAUGAAGACAAUACUCCGAGGGGUGGUCUUGAAGGAAUAUCUGACGUUUAAGACCUUUGUGGCGAAGGUCAUUGGUCUGACCUGUGCCCUGGGCAGCGGGAUGCCGCUGGGAAAGGAGGGCCCCUUCGUGCACGUCGCCAGCCUGUGCGCCGCCCUCCUGAGCAAAUUGAUGGCGGCUCUCUUCGGCGGCAUUUACAUGGAAGAGCCCUUUGAGGGAAACAAGAACGAGCUGAGGAACACGGAGAUGCUGUCGGCCGCCUGCGCCGUGGGUGUCGGCUGCUGCUUUGCUGCCCCUAUUGGAGGGGUGCUGUUCAGCAUCGAGGUGACUUCAACGUUUUUCGCGGUGAGGAACUACUGGAGGGGCUUCUUCGCCGCCACCUUCAGUGCCUUCAUCUUCAGAGUGCUGGCGGUGUGGAACCAGGAGGAAGAAACCAUCACUGCUCUCUUUAAGACCCGUUUCCGCCUGGACUUCCCGUUUGACCUUCAGGAGCUGCCAGCGUUCGCCGUCCUCGGGAUUGCCUGCGGGUUUGGCGGCGCUCUGUUUGUCUACCUGAACCGGCUGAUUGUGGAGUGCAUGAGGAAGCAGAAGACUAUCAACAAGUUCCUGCUGAGGAAGCGCCUGUUGUAUCCGGCCCUCGUCACCCUGCUGGUCUCCACGCUCACGUUCCCGCCGGGCCUCGGGCAGUUCAUGGCUGGACAGCUGACGCAGCACGAGUCCCUGGUGGCGCUCUUCGACAACCGCACGUGGUGGCGCCAGGGCGUGGCGGAGGAGUUCGACUACAUCAGCCACCACCACGCCUGGAAACACCCCCAGGUCAACGUCUUCAUCACGCUCAUCCUCUUCAUCAUCAUGAAGUUCUGGAUGUCCGCCGUGGCCACAACCAUGCCCGUCCCCUGCGGGGCGUUCAUGCCUGUUUUUCUUAUUGGUGCAGCAUUUGGCAGACUUGUCGGGGAGAUCAUGGCGACCAUGUUUCCUGAUGGCAUACAUGAGCACGGCACUGUAUAUCCCAUAGUUCCUGGCGGUUAUGCUGUCGUCGGUGCUGCAGCGCUUUCCGGAGCAGUCACCCACACGGUGUCCACAGCGGUCAUCGUGUUCGAGCUGACCGGCCAGAUCUCCCACAUCUUGCCCGUGAUGAUCGCCGUGAUUCUGGCCAACGCCGUGGCCCAGGCGCUGCAGCCGUCGCUCUACGACUCCAUCAUCCGCAUCAAGAAGCUUCCUUAUCUGCCCGAGCUCGGGAUGGGGCAUCACGAGAAGUAUAAUUUCCGUGUGGAGGACAUCAUGGUCAGGGACGUGCGCUUCAUCACUCUGACCUCCUCCUAUCGGGAGCUGCAGGAGAUGCUGCUGACGGGGCAGCUCCGGACCCUGGCCCUGGUUGAAUCCAGAGACUCCAUGAUCCUGCUGGGCUCCAUCGAGCGCCUGCAGCUCCAGUCCCUGCUCUCGCUCCAGCUGGGCCGCCAGCGGAGGCUGGAGUACCUCCGUCAGCUGGCGCAGGACAACGGCACCAGCGACCACCUGCCCAGUCUGACCACGGACAGCACCCCCAGCUCGCCCUGCGCCCACACCCAGUUCAACGCCUCCGCCAACACAGGCGCUCGCCAAGGGGUUCGCUUCCUGGUGAGCACGCAACAGAUCUCCACAGAGGAGUCUUCCUCCUUCAGCCCGGUGGUGUCCAACGUUCAGCUCCCUCUGAAAUCCGCCCUGAAAACGGUUUCUGCCAUCAGUGACACGGAAACGCCAAACAGUUCUCAGACCCUCUCCUGUGCUGAUCAAGACCAGGAGCUGCUGGAGAGCUCGGCUGGGCCGGCUCCUCCUGAAAAGAGAAAGCCCAGGCCCAAACGAGUGAGGAUCUCCAUGGCGGACUCCACCGAAGUGGAAGAUUGCAUGACCCCUUCAGAUAUAGCGGAGUGGGAGGAGCAGCAGCUCGACGAGCCGGUGGACUUCAAGAACUGCAAGAUCGACCCCGCCCCCUUCCAGCUGGUGGAGCAAACGUCUCUGCACAAGACUCACACUAUCUUCUCCCUGCUGGGCCUGGAUCACGCCUAUGUGACCAGCAUGGGACGCCUGGUUGGAGUGGUCUCUCUCAAAGAGCUGCGGAAGGCCAUCGAGGGCUCGGUGACAGUGACAGGAGUGAAAGUGCGCCCUCCGCUGGCCAGUUUCCGAGACAGUGGGAACAGCACAAACGUUUCUGAGGUAACAGAACUACACAAGCUGUGCAUCCGCCACAGGGGGCUGUCCCUGCCGCGGGAGCCCAACCCGCCGGACGUGGAGGACCAGCCGGAUCUCCAGUACAACGAGAUCCCCGUCAACUUCUCAGACCAAACCAGUCUGGAGUCGGAGGCGAGCUGCGGCGACGCCGCCGGUCAGCCGUCGGAUCUGGCGCUCCAGGAGAGCCCCUCCUUCACGGAGGACCAGACAGACUUCACUUUUGACUGCAGCCCCUCCCACACCGAGGAGUCGGAGCUCGCCUGUGACUUUGACCCCCCGACACAGACCCCCGAGCCGGACGACGUGGAGCAGGAGCAGGGGAGUCCGUCUGUGCACAUGGACCAGUCAGAACCUGAGGGCGAGGGCAGUCCGGCUCACGCCGGGGGUCCGUCAGACUGAUCCGAUCCACACUGUCGCCUCAUGAAUGUCGACGUUUCUUACAUUUCUAGAGGUCACACUCACCUCCAACUCCAGCCUAGAUACACCUGUUUCUACCGUUGUUGUGACGUGUGUGUG